AUGGUAACGAUGCCUUGCACAGAAUUCAUUCAUUCCUCCCGGUUCCCACAGUUUGCGAUACCUCGCGUCCUUGAUGAUCUGCCUAUCGAUGCAGAACCACUCGACAACACUCAGGUUGACGAUGUCCGAGUGUUCAUCACACCGAAACGGAAAGUUGCAAUUGAGGAUUCCAUACCCAUUCGCGGAUUACAGCUGCCAUGUCCGUUGUGGUCUAGUGGUAAGGAUUUACGGCUCUCACCCGUAAGGCCCGGGUUCGAUUCCCGGCAACGGAAUGAGUUUUGUUCAGCGGGAACAACUACCACGACGAAGGGAUUGGGACAGGAUUCAGUCCUAACUGCAUUGUUAAUCUGCGGAUAA